CCAAGUCAAUGUCAUGUGACUGACACGAGCGCUGUGCAUUGGCAUUAGCCAGCUCUCGUUAGCACAACGAUACAAGAGCUUAACUGGGUAGAAACAGUUAAUUUAUGCUGGACAAUAAACCCUUACGAUACUCCAUAAACAACGUCUUCAUAGUUGUGAUGCAUUAAACGGCUUUAAAGUGCUAGUGUUGUCUGAGCUAGGCCUCGGUUGUACUGUACGGCUUAAAUGCUCUGCAAAUGAAACUAUGGAGAACGAUUUAAAAUGUAAAUAAUGCUGUUAAAUAUCACUUGGGAUUAAUCUGAAACUUUUUGGGACCGACUCAACUGCGAUUCAUGUCGCUUGCCAAACCGUUUUAUCGGGAUUUUCAGGAUGAACGGCGCGCAGCAAAAUGACCUGAAAAGACAAAACCUGUUAGAGAGACUUCUUGAUGCAGUUAAACAGUGCCAAAUUCGCUUUGGUGGCAGGAAGGAGAUUGCCUCAGAUUCUGAUAGCAGAGUCAUAUGCCUGUGUGCCCAGUUUGAAGCGGUAUUUCAACACGGCUUGAGGAAAAGUCGCGGUUUAGCGCUCACAGCAGCGGCCAUUAAACAUGCUGCUGGAUUUAGCAGUAAAACUGAAGCAGAGCUGACGUUCUGGUUUUAUGUGAAGGAGCACCUCAACCGUCAUGAGUUGCAGCGCUUCUACUCUCUGCGGAAUAUCACAUCUGAGCUGGGCCGGGGCCGGGCAUGGCUUCGCUGUGCCCUGAACGAACACUCGCUAGAGCGUUAUCUACACAUGUUGCUGGCAGAUAAUGCCCGUCUUGGUGCCUUCUAUGAAGACUGGGCUUUUGUCCUGGAUGAGGAGAGAGCCAGUAUGCUUCCCACUAUGGCUGCAGGGCUCAAUUCCAUCCUGUUUGCCAUCAACAUUGACAACACGGACCUAAAUGGCCAGGCCCGUGUGGGACCGUCUGUCUCCCACCUGCUUAAGGAGUCCACACAGGGCAUGAGCAGUUUGUGGAAAGAGUCUACUCAAGGUGUCAGCACACUUCUGCGGGAAAUCGGCACUGCCACUGCGGUGGUUCCUGGUUUCAUCCCUCGCUCCGAUGCUCCAUCAGACCCACUGCCUGUCUUGCCCCGCAGCACUUCUGCAGAUUCCGGUUUAAGAAAAGAGCGUAGACGUAAAAAGAAGAUCACAAACAUAAUCUCGUUUGACGAUGACUUGGACGUGGGUGCGGAAGAUGAGGACGAGGCUGUUGAGGACGUUGUGAAGAGUCUCAGAAAGAGUACGAUGGGUCAUAUGAGUUCUGAGGAGGCUGUGGACCCUCCGGAUUCUACCUCUCCCAUUCAUAAUGGCCUGACUGAGCCUGGGAUUGUGAGAUGGGGCGAAACGCCCACAGAGAAUGGAGUGCUGCCCGAUACCAAGAGCAUUGACAAUGAGGAGGAGGAAGAUGAUGACAUUUAUGGAAAGAGCAGGCAGGAGCCCCCACAAGAGGAUCAUGGGAAUGGGGAGCGGUUGGUUGUGGGGAGUUUAUCCAGUGUUUCUACAUGGAGUCCAAGGCAAAUCAUCGCAGAUAAUGACAAUGACAACUCGCACAUUCUCAUACCUCUGGCCUCCAGCGAGCCCUAUACACAACAAGCUGGUAGUUCAGUUGAAAAUGUCGAAUUUCAUGGACCGAAGGAGAGCUCAAGCCCACCAACUGACAGUGAAAAACAAAGCCAACUCCAAUUUAGCAUGGAGCCCGACUCACCAGCGCAGAUUUCUCCCGUGACCAGUGUUCUGCCGACCCCUGGCCUUCCAGAGUCCAUGACCAUUGCUGAACUGCGGCAAGCCAUUGUGGCCAUGAUGAACAGGAAAGAUGAACUCACUGAGCAGAACACGUCUCUGCGCAGUCUCCUGGAUGGAGAGAUGGAGCACUCUGCUGGGCUCAGGCAGGAGGUGGACAGCCUGAAGAAGAAACUGGCUGAGCUAGAGGAGAGACAUGCGGCCAAAGUCCAUGCUCUCAUGAGAGAGAAUGAGGUUCUGAAGGUUCAGCUGAAGAAGUAUGUUGGAGCUGUCCAAAUGCUGAAAAGGGAAGGCAGCCAAGGCAAUGACGCAUUGACCAUUCAAAGGAAUUGUGAUGGUCCCCCUCCAGCCCCCCAAAACCGGUCCGUGGCUGAUACAGAGGAACUGGCUGCCACCUAUGAGCGUAAACUCAUCGAGGUGGCUGAGAUGCAUGGAGAGCUGAUAGAGUUUAACGAGAGGCUGUACCGCUCCCUCAUGGCCAAAGACAACCUGAUUGGACAGAUGAGACAGGAACUCAUCGACCUGCGCGGUCCAGUGCCAGGGGACCUGAGCCAGACCUCUGACGAUCCCAGCCUAUCUGACUUCGAGACAACUCAACGUGCCCUUGUCAACGUGUGGAUCCCCUCUGUGUUCCUUCAAGGUCGGGCUGCCAACGCCUAUCAUGUAUAUCAGGUGUACAUUCGAAUCCUGGACAAUGAGUGGAAUGUAUACCGGCGCUACACUGAGUUCAGGACGCUGCACAGUUACCUGCGGCCGCAAUUCCCACAAGUCGACACGUUCAAUUUCCCACCUAAAAAAGCCAUUGGCAACAAGGAUGCCAAGUUUGUAGAGGAGAGGAGGAAACAGCUGCAGUCGUAUCUGCGUAUGGUGAUGAAUAAACUGAUCCAGACACUGCCUGAAUUCACUGCCCAGCCCACAAAGGAGACCUUACUGCAUUUACUGCCUUUCUGCCAGGACAGCCCGACGGCCAAUGAGAGUGGAGCCAAAACUGCCCGAUCCAAAGCCUCCAGCCGCUUCCCCAGACUAGGCCGUAACUCGGGCCGGGAUUCCCGGAACCCUGAACCCCAAAGCGGUGACCUUUAACCUCCUUAGCGCAAUCCAUAGAACUCAUCAGUAUGGAUGUACUGAGCCCGGGACCUUUUCUUCUAUUACGGAUGUACAUACCGCCACUGCCGGCAACUAGCUGGGACGAACAAAAUCAGCAGGAAAAUGCGGAAGAACGUUCAGUUACUAUUGUGCCUAGUGAUUUAUAACAGAUGAUGUUUUUGGGAAAAGUCAGGAUGCCAUUUUGACUAACUGCAGUGACGUGAAACUGUGAUGAGAAUUGUGUGAUCGUCUGGAAAUUAUUUGCACAUCUUAAUAUGAUUUGACUGCGACACAUGGGACUCAUUUUUAUUUUUUAUUUUUAUAUAGGUUUUGUUACCAUGCUCUGCUAUGUAUGAGGCACAAAGUUAAUGUAAUUGUAUUAUGACUGCACUUAUAAUACAUAUACAAAACAAUCACUUUUUAGAUGGAAUAUCUGGUGAGGGUCAGAACACGAUGAACUGUUAUACGGGUAUGUCUAGCCCUUGUUGUCUGUCCCAGAAAACCUUUCAUUUGAAAUUUCCCAGGCUGCCAUUAUCCUGUAUGACCUCGGGAGUACUGUUACACAGAAAUCGGGGGCGAAAUUGGGGGCGUAUCGCAUUGUGUGAACUGAACAGAAGAGAAUUUCGUAGCAGGGGAACCUCCACUGAAUGAAUGAGCGGAUCAUUUCACCCUAUUUUAACUACGAGCACAAUGAUGAUUGGAAAUCAUUAAUAAUAAAUAGUAUU